CUGUCCGUGUUGACGUGUCACCUCCCCAAUUCAUCAAGCAGACUAGAACGUUUUACAUAACCAACAAUCAGCUGCCACAUCAUUCUGAAGACUAUCAAUCAAUCACGUGAGUUUGUGAAUUGGAGGCUAAACACGGUAACACGGACGAGGCAACUUAUUUCCUUGUUUGAGCAAACUCGGCAAAGAACAUUCAUGGCGACUAAAAAAGAAAAAUAAAAUAAAAAUAGAAACAACCUAAUCAAGGACAAGUCUCUGCUGUUACAUUCCCUGUUAAGAAAUCUUUAUUAUUAUUAUUAUUAUUAUUAUAUAUAUCUCGCUCCAAACAUUAAUAUAUAAACAUGUACUUAGCUAGUUGGGAAUUUAUCUAUGUCACAAUUGGAAACAAAAAAAAGAAAAAAAGAAAAAGAAAAAAGAGAAUCAAGAAGAAAUUAAAACAAGAUCAUGAAGAAGUAUUUGUCGUCGACAUGGCUUUCGGCAGCCGGCAGGCGGACAACAAAGAAGCUACAUGUGAAGGUGAAACCGUUGAAGCUUGAAGGAGUAAAUAACGGUGGCACUGGUGAUGAUCAUGAAAAGAAAAGAAUGGUUGUUAUUGAAAUGAAAUGGAAAGGACCUAACUAUAACAAGAGUAUGCUGUUCCUUCCAUUUCAAAAAGGGUUUCUGAAUAAGUGUCAAAAGAAUUAUAGUAGUCACAGGUAUUUGAAGAAUGGAGACGAUAUUGAAUGGGAUGAAGAAUUUGAGAACGUGUGCAGUUUCUUGAUGGGUUCUGAAGAUAACAAGAACUGUUUUCGUUCGUGGCACGUAUCCUUCAAGAUUUUAUAUGGUGAGGAUGCAAAAGCCAAGACUAAAUUGGUAGAGAUGGGCACAGUAUCUUUAAAUAUAGCAGAAUUGGCAUCUUCCAUGAUUGAUUCUGAGAUAGAGAAAAAGCUACCAGUUUCUUUAAAGAUUGAUGAAGUAGCGGUCCAAGCUACCCUUUCUGUAUGCAUUAGCUUUGCCCAAGUCAGAAUUUCAACUGAUUCAUUAGGAAUCGUCCAAAACUCGGCUGUGUCAGAUUAUGAACAACCAAUCUCUAAAAUAGCUAGAAGCCAAACACUCCCUAUGAAAAAAAUCCAUAAAGAAAAUCCAGUGAGUUCGUCCGACUGGAUUGAGUCAGCUCCACUUAACUCAGCUGACUCGCCUGGAAAUGAGGCCUUACCCUCGAGUAAGAAUGACAGUUCAGAGACUCAGUUGCACUCUGAUCUCAAAGUAAAGUUCUGGAAGAAGAAAAGGUGGGGUUUUACAUUGUCGAAGAGGAAAAGAGAACCAUCUACUGACAAGACUAAUAAAGACAAUAAUUUUCUUGAAAGUCAAAUUUCCAACUCUCAUGACUGGGGUUCCUGGGAGAUUAGAGAGUUAGCAAGCAGAGAAGGGCAAACAAAACUUAAGACCAAUGUGUUCUUUGCCUCCUUUGAUCAGAGAAGCGAAAAGGCAGCUGGAGAGAGUGCCUGUGCUACAGUAGUUGCAGUUAUUGCACAUUGGUUACAAUCAAACCAAGACUUCAUGCCAACGACAUCUCAAUUUGAUAGCCUCAUAGCAGAAGGUUCUUUUGAAUGGCGAAAGCUCUGCAACAACGAUGCAUAUAUGAAGUCUUUUCCUGAUAACCACUUCGACCUUGAAACAGUCUUAAAAGCUGAGCUUAGGCCUGUGAACAUUUUAAGCAAUAAGUCUUUUACUGGCAUUUUCAGUCCUGAAAAGUUUGAGAACUUGCAAGGAGCUAAAUCUUUUGAUGAUAUAUGGGAAGAGAUAAGUAGCAUCACCAAAGAAUAUGACCAGAGAAUCUACAUAGUGAGUUGGAAUGAUCACUUCUUUGUGUUGAAGGCGGAUGCCAAUUCUUACUACAUCAUCGACUCGUUAGGCGAGAGGCUUUUCGAGGGAUGCAAUCAGGCAUACAUCUUAAAGUUCGACGAGUCGACAUUGAUGUAUGGCAAGGCAGCAAAAGAAGUAAAUUCAGAGGAAAAAGUAGAAGAGGCUAAAGAGGAAGAGGAAAGUGAAGAGAUAAUAUGCAAAGGGAAAGAAUGUUGUAAAGAGUUCAUUAAGAGAUUCCUUGCUGCUAUACUAAUUAGGGAACUUGAGGAGCAAGACAAAAAAGGAUCUGUCUCAACAUUCUCCCUUUUGCAGAGACUGCAGAUAGAUUUCCAUUACUGCUCUUCUUCCUCCUCUUCUUCAGUGGCAUCUCCUACUUCCUCCAUCUUCUCAAGCGAAGGGUGAAUUAACUAGUGUAGCUGAAAUGUGUAAAUUGCAUCUUGAAUUAUCAAACUCUGCAACGAUACAGAUUGUUUAAUGAUAGAAAGCAAAAGCUUAAUUCACAAAACUUGAGACUAUAAAGUAUUUUAGUACUCACUCCUAGAAAUGUUUUUUCAAGGCAACCUAGCUCAAUAAACCGAGCUUUCAGGAUUAAGUGUAAAUUUAUAGAAUAGAAAUGGCCUCCUGCAGAAGUUCGUUCUCGAUAA